CUCAUUUAGAGCGGUGUGUCGAUGUUAGUGUUGUAGGGCUCUCCUCACAUUGUCUCGAAAUGCGGCGGUUUGUGGCAAAACUGUAUUUGGAACGCGAAAAACUAUAAAAAUAUAACAGAUCAUGGACCGGAGAAGGCGAACUGAAGCUGACUGGCUGACACUGGUAUCAGAGCUUCAAGCUUUGAAAAGGAAACUGACAAGCAAGAGUGAAGCUUUGUUAAUUCUUUCUAAAGAUCUUGAAUCGACACAGAAGGAACGAGAUCAGUUCAAAUUGAUGGCAGAGAAAUUGAGAGUUAGAUGUCAGGCAUAUAAAAGACAAUUCUCAGAUUAUCCAUUGACACGAGACCAAGCGUCUUUGAUUCAAAUGCUUCGAGACACAAAGAAUCAGAAAGUUGCUCAACAGAAACAAUGCGAGGUUUUACAGCUGAAAUUGAACGAAGCUCUGGGAGAUGUGAAGUUGCUACGGGAACGCUUCGCACGACAACGAAUUGGAGAUGAAGGCAUUGGACCGCGUCAUUUCCCCGCUCAUGAAAGAGAGGAAUUGGUUGUGCAACUGGAAUCGGAAAAACAACAGGCUGAACAAUACCGACAAGAACUGAACAUUGCAAACGACCAAGUUACUGAAUUAUCCUCUGAAAGGGAUGAAUUUAGGCUGAAAGCUGAAAGACUGAACAAUGAAUUGAAUUUCAUGCUCAAUGGAGAUAAGAAAAGGAUUAUUGACAUUGAUGCCUUAUGCAUGGAAAACAAGUAUCUUCAAGAAAGAGUGAAGCAAUGUCAGGAAGAGAAGAAUUCUUUGCAUUCGCAAAUGGGAAAACUAAAAGCCGUGCUGAACGCAAGAAAAGCGACCAACACUGACAUACAGCCAGGAAAGAUCAGAAACUCAGGUCUUGUCAUUUCUCCGAAGCAAGUUAAAGAGAUAUUGAUGAAUAGGGCUGGUCUUCCUACGUCAGCAGAAAAUGUUUCAGAUCUUCAAUCCAUCGCUGCAGCGCUACUGGAAACAAUAAACGACAAGAAUUUAGCUCUGCACCAUCUCAGGAAUACUAACAAAAUUCUCGGGAACAGAGUAGCUGAAUUAGAACGAAAACUACGAACAUUGGAAGUUGUCGGACUUUGGAGCACGAAUGGUCAAACGCCUUCACUUUCAUCCACACCAAAGAUAAAGACAGAAGACGAAUCAUCCAACCUCACUCCCACGUCAGCAAACAAUCCAGAGGAUGAAUUUCUAUCCAGUUUGGGAUCAAGGUUGAGUAAACUUACUGAUGUCUGUGCAAGAAGUUUCGAGGAAUACAAACUUGUGUCACUGACACCUGAAAGUUCUGGCAGUGUAAGUGAUGCCGCAAAAAGUGGUGAUGCCACACCAUUACAUAACGGUGCCACAGAAUUGAGUGAAGAAGGUACUCAUAUCAAUGUGGAAAAAAAUUUCACACAUUUGGAGGAUGGUGCCACAAAUGUGGGUACUGAUGCCACAUGUGCGGUUCAUAGUGACACCGAAUUUGAUAAUGAUGCCUUGACCAGUGGUGAUACUGAACAAAUUGACAAUGCUACUUUUUGGACCAGCUGUGCCUCAGAACUCAAUGAUGACGCCACAAACUUGAGUACUGAUUCCUCAAAAAAUAUUAAUCACGAAUCAAACUCCUUAACUGGAGUGCAAUUGAACAGUGAUGGCGAUACCUCACUUUUACAUAACGGCGCCACUGAAUCUGAUCACGAUGCCAUGGGUAUAGAUACCAGUGCCACAAACACUGUACCCUUAAAAGUUACUUCCACAAGUGGCAUAUCGGAAGUGUCAGCGGACAACCUUCAUUCAGAUGCCACAGAAGUCAAAGAAGAUGCCACACAUGAUAAAGGGCAUCAAACUCUUCCAUCCUCAUUAGAUUUUGAUAGCCCUGAUAAUGGUAAUAACCUUAGCGGCAGUGCCACUGUUGAUGACACUGCUGCCUGUGAUGAAAAUGCUGCCACAAAACUUACCAAAAAUAUUGAUGGUAGCACAGAUGACAUAGUUCCUGAAUCCACUGCCACUGAUACAGUUAGUGAUGCCACAAAUGCUUCCACUGCCACCUCACUAGAUGUCCCUCGUGAUUAGGUUCUACACAAUAACAUAUUUUGGGCGUGGCACUGUAAUUGGGUCCUUUUUAUUGUGACUAGGGGCCCUUACUAUUCUAAGGCACAAUAACACACAAUUCUGACAUGUUGCCAUACCAAAUCAUUUUAAAAAUAAAUUGUUGGUCAUUGUAUCCUGACAGUGUGGUAUUCUAGAUUCCUAUCUGGCAAUUAAUAGGAUUUUGAAUAUUAUAAAUUGAUCAACUUGGCAGUAAAUUUAUAAUAUGUAUACUUUAAUGUCAAUAUCUGAAUUCUAUAAGAAGCAUUUUAACUGGUAAGAAGUAGCAAUUGGCGAAUUACACUAGUUUGAACCUGUUUCAACUGGAAAGAAGUAAAUGAGUCGUAGCAGUCGUACAAGCGAAUACUCUGUGCUUGAGAUCAUUUCCAAUUAUCUCAUUCUUACAAUUGAUAAGAAGCUGAUUAUUUAAAUGUCGAUUAUAUAUCAUAAAAUGGCACUAUUUUGUUGUGUCUGAAUAUCCAUUGUAAUUUCUUAUCAACAUUUCCAAAAAUAUCAGCCAGUUUGAACCAGUUUCAGCUGGUAUGAGGCGAACUAUGUGAAUCCAUUCAUACAGGGAAAUAUUUUUUGAGUCUGAGAAGCAAUUUUUCCGCUUAAAAUUUUGUAAAGGAUGCCAGUGUGAACCGGUUACAAUUGAUAAUUAGCAAACGAUAAACUGUUCCGAUCACACAACAACCAUCACUUCAUUGUGUCUGAGAUCCAAUUCUUGUUUUUAAUGCUUAAUAUUUUGCAAAAUAAUACCAGUUUGAACCAGUUACAACUGGUUAUUUGAAAAGCAAGCAAUAUAAGUUUGAACCAUCAAGAAGAAAACUAUUCGAAUUGAAAUAAAUAGAAUUCAAUAAUAUUAUUUCAGAAUGUAAACGAUAUCGCAGAUUACUUAGUUUUGGUAUCUCUGGCAUAUUGUGCAACCAUGUGUGACUUGGCAGAAUUAGUUGGUUGAAAUUAAAUUGAUGUUAUUCUAACUGGUCGUGUUAGAUUGAUUUUGGGGGUGAAUGAAUCUUCAAAGUAUAUUUUAUAUUUGCACUGUUUUAUUUUUUUUUAGUUUUUAGCAAUUUAAAGGGUUUUAUGUUGUGCAAUGAUAGUUUGUCAUGUCAUAAUUGUAGUUGGUGAUGCAAUAAUAAAUUUGAAGCAAUUUUGUAGUUAUCUAUGGUGAUAUCAUAAUUUUUAUCCAAUGUUUUUAAUUGUUACUUGUAAUGUUAUCUUGUUUUCUCACACAUAUUAUUAUAUAUAGUUCACAGAAACUCAUAUUAUAGCCUUUUUGCUUCAUAA